AGCAGCAGCAGCAUCUCCAAAUGUGUCUCAAGGUUUUCAUAAAAAGCUUCUAUCUCCUGUCUGCAAGCUGAAGAAUUUAAGCUGUGAGGGUUGCUUUGGCUGGUGAUGUGGAUAAAAAUUUUUAGAACUCAAGUGCAACCUGGCUGUUUAAAUGAUGCUGUCCAAGGAACUGGAAAUGGCCCAACUUGAUUAUCAUACACAUUGUAAGGAGAGUGAUCACUCUAAAUAAGCUAUUACCAGCAGGAGAGUGGGGUGGGAGGAGGUAUUUUUUCAUGCUUUGUGUGUAUAUAAAAAGAUCUUCUACACUUUUCACAGUAUGCAUCCGAUGAAGUGAGCUGUAGCUCACAAAAGCUUAUGCUCAAAUAAAUUGGUUAGUCUCUAAGGUGCCACAAGUACUCCUUUUCUUUUUGUGAAUACAGACUAACACGGCUGUUACUCUGAAGAUUGAGCUUGUGUCAGCAAAGACUAAAUAUAUUCUUAUCUAACAACUAUGAAGUUUCUGCUGGUUUUUGACUUUGACUAUACGGUCAUAGAUGAAAACAGUGACACCUGGAUUGUGAAAUGUGCUCCUGAGGAAAAACUGCCUAACAAACUAAGAAACUCCUAUCAAAAAGGACAUUGGACAGAAUAUAUGAGCAGGGUCUUUAGAUAUUUGGGAGACAGUGGAGUAAAAGAAGAUGAAAUGAAAAGAACUAUGACAACAAUUCCUUUCACUACAGGAAUGAGAGAUCUUUUAGAUUUUAUUGGCAAGAACAAAGAUUUAUUUGAUUGCAUAAUAAUUUCAGAUUCUAAUACAGUAUUUAUUGACUGGAUUUUGAAAGCUGCUAACUUUCAUGAAGUGCUUGAUGAAGUGUUUACAAAUCCUGCAACUUUCAGUGGCGCUGGCUAUCUUACUGUGCAGAAUUUUCACAGUCAUCAUUGUGCAAAGUGCCCUAAAAACCUCUGCAAAAGAAAAGUGUUAGAAGAAUUUGUAGAUAAAAAGUUACACCAAGGAGUAAAAUAUACAAAAAUUGUGUAUGUAGGUGAUGGUGGGAAUGAUCUCUGUCCAGUAACUUUUUUAAAGAAGGAUGAUAUUGCUAUGCCCAGACAAGGGUACACAUUACAGAAAAUGAUUUCUCAGAUGUCUGAGGAUCUUGAUCCUGUGCAGUCUUCUGUUCUAGUUUGGUCAUCAGGUAUUGAAAUUCUGUCUCAUUUGAAAUUACUUAUGAAGGAGUAACUCAAACUAUAGAGAUGGGUAAAAGUAAAUUGGUAAAGGUAUUUUAUCUUGUGUGGAGUGAAUAAUACUAACCAUAUCUGUCUCAAAGCACACAGUCACAAUUUUGGGAUGCUAUUAUCUGAAACUAAGGCAUUGAAAUACAGGAUAUAAAGUAUUGUAUUUACUCUUUACCGUAGUGGGAAAGUGAGCAUGUUGAAAUGGAUUAUUUAUUAUAUGGAAAAACACUUAGUAUGAGCUUUUUCCAUUCAUUUAAAUGGGGGGUGGCAGGGAGGGCACAGGGGGAAGGGAGCAGGGAGAAAGGCUGGAAAGAGGAUAAUUUAUUACAACUAUUUUUUUUUUUUCCAAAUCUUGACUUUACCAGUUUGUGCAAAUUACUUCUCGUCAGAUAUUUAGGGGGAGAGGCAGGGUUAGUGCACAGAACAAUGGCUUUUAAUGGAAGGGUUCAUCUAUAUGUAUAAGAUUUAUAUUAGGCACUAAAAGCAAGGUACUGCCACUGUUGGUUUUGUAUAUUUGUUAAAGCAGCAAAAAUAUUUUAAUAUGUAAAUUAAUGUUUAUGGUCUUGUAUAUUUGGUUUAAAGGGACAUAUUAGUUAAAUAUUUAGUAUUUAUUUUAAACAAAAGCAAGUUUUCCAAUAGUUUUUAUUGGCUUUAAGAACAUAAGAAUGUCAUACUGGGUCAGACCAAAGGUCCAUCUAACCCAGUAUCCUGUCUUCUGACAGUGGCCAAUGCCAGGUGCCUGAAGGAAUAAACAGAACAGGUAAUCAUCAAGUGAUCCAUCCCCUGUUGCUCAUUCCCAGCUUCUGGCAAACAGAGGCUAAGGACACAAUUCCUGAAUCUAAACAUUGUCUGUCUAAAA